UCUGAAGAUGUGAAACUACAUUUAACUCUCAGGUGGUCAGCACGGAGCGUCAGUCUGCUCUCCUCUCCUCUCUCGUCCACUGGAGGAAAGCUUACGACUCAACCACCGAGCAGAAUAACCCACCGACAGUCUCCCAAACACAGAUUCUUGAGAGGAAAACAAUCUCCUGACUUGACCCGAAAAACUGCGGAUUGAAAAGGACAUGCGUCAAGCCAGAGCUACGAGGGGAACUCUUCAUAAAUGAGCAGAACUGUCAGAAGGAUUCGCUCCUCUUCUCGCUAUCCUGCUUUCCUCUGGUUGGCGUGCAGGACUGAAGCUUGCUUCACUGGACUUAUCGACAGACGAAUUAGCAGCCUGAUGAAACACGUUGACAGCCCCUUUCUUUGCGUUCCUUUCGCUGAGUAAAAAAACCUGCAAAACAUCAAUUUGUUGCAGCGCUGAAGGACCUUUAUUGUGACAUCUUUGUAAUGCACGCGUUUGAGUCGCCCUGCUCUUGCACGCCUACUUCUGAGAAAUGCAUCGCUUCUGCACACGAAUCGUGCUCUUCUGACUUUUUGAAAGCGCGGCGGAUGCUGACAAUGUUUCUCACUCAGUCUGCAUGAGAGAUGGCGACCCAAAUCGCACCAAGUUCACGAGCGCCUUUCUCCACGUUUGCACCUGUUUGGAUGGGUAUUGCCAGUUUAUGCCACAGGUGAAUGAACAUCAGUGAUUAUUCGCUUAACAGAGAGUGCUUUUUGAGCUGUUUUCUGACUCAGAUCGAUCUUGUUGCGCGUUCACAAUGGAUCUCAAAGUAGAACCUGAAGAAAUGGACACGAAUCAGCCUCCACCCAUAGAAGUUUUCUCGCACAGCUCGACACUUCACGGAAUUUCUCACAUAUUCACGUACGAGCGCUUCUGCAUCAAACGCUGCCUGUGGGUCGUGUUUUUCCUGGGCUCCCUGACCUUUUUGCUGUUCGUGUGCGUGGACCGGAUCCACUUUUACCUCGAGUAUCCACACGUCACCAAACUGGAUGAGAUCUCGACCCCGAUCAUGACGUUUCCCUCGGUCACUUUCUGCAACCUAAACGCCUUUCGCUUCAGCCGCGUGACGCGCAACGACCUGUACCAUGCAGGGGAGCUGCUGGCCCUGCUCAACCAGAGGUAUGAGAUCAGGGACCUGCAUCUUGUGGAGGAGAGCGUUCUGGAGAGCCUAAAGGUCAAAGCCGACUUUCACAAUUUCAAGCCGCGACCCUUUAACAUGAGGGAAUUCUACGAUCGAACCGGUCACGACAUCAACGACAUGCUGCUGUCCUGCCACUUUCACGGCACAGAGUGCAGAGCCGAGGACUUCAAAGUGGUCUUCACUCGUUACGGGAAGUGUUACACGUUUAACGCCGGCGAGGAUGGACGCCCUCCGCUCAUCACUACCAAGGGAGGUAUGGGUAAUGGCCUGGAGCUCAUGCUGGACAUUCAGCAGGAUGAAUACCUGCCUGUCUGGGGAGAAACAGAUGAGACAUCAUUUGAAGCUGGAAUCAAGGUUCAGAUCCACAGUCAGGACGAGCCCUCCUUCAUUGACCAGUUCGGGUUCGGAGUGGCGCCCGGGUUUCAGACUUUUGUGUCCUGCCAGGAACAGAGGCUGAUCUAUCUCCCCCCACCCUGGGGAGACUGUAAGGUGACGGCCAUGGACUCGGACUUCUUUGAUAGCUACAGCAUCACAGCCUGUCGCAUCGACUGUGAAACACGCUACCUGGUGGACAACUGCAACUGUCGCAUGGUGCACAUGCCUGGAGAUGCACCGUACUGCACCCCCGAGCUGUACAAAGAAUGUGCUGACCCUGCUCUGGAUUUCCUGGUGGAGAGAGACAAUGACUUCUGUGUGUGUGAGACGCCGUGCAACAUGACCAGAUACAGUAAAGAGCUGUCCUUCGUCAAGAUCCCCAGCAAGGCCUCGGCCAAAUAUCUCGCAAAGAAAUACAACAAAUCUGAGCAGUACAUAAAGGAGAAUCUCCUGGUCUUAGACAUCUUUUUUGAAGCUCUAAACUAUGAGACUAUAGAACAGAAGAAGGCUUAUGAGGUGGCUGGACUUUUAGGUGAUAUCGGUGGACAGAUGGGACUUUUUAUUGGGGCAAGCAUACUCACCAUACUGGAGCUGUUUGACUAUCUUUAUGAGGUGAUAAAGUACAAGUUGUGUCGCUGUUCUGAUCGACAGCAACAGCAUGACAGCAACAACGACCAGGGCACGGUGCUGAGCUUGGACGACGUCAAGUGUCACGUCAGUAACUUUCACUGAGCGUCUGCAGCCAGAAGUAGGGUGCUCGUCCCUCUCUUGUCUCUGAGCAGUUUCAUGGACUUUGCUCGCUGCAGAACUUUCAGUCUUGCAGGAGCAACAGAUCAUAAUGCCCGAACUUUGCCUUUGGGUGAGUUAUUGAACAUUGAGGGGAAUUUAACAUGUGGCUGAGGUCAGGAGAAGCCACGCAGAGAGCUGGACAGCAGAGACAAGUGAUCUACAUGACGUGAGGAAUUAAAAAAUAUCAGAAUAACUGCAUGGCCAUCUUUACAACAGCUUCAAGACACAGUAACAGAGACAGUAAAUGAGGGGCAUUUGGGGAGGUUCAUAUGUGUUGAGUUAAUCAGCGUUUGAUAUCCUGCUGUGUGGUUUUGUUUAUGAUCUAUUAGUUUAAAGAAAACUUUCAUUCAUUACAUUUAUUUGACAAAUUUGCUUUAACUUAAAACAAUAUUUAUAUUUGAGGUGUUUUUCAGAUUUCUGCAUGCGAGUAAUACACUUUUUCUUUUCUUCUUCAUUUUGUCCGCUGAGAUCUACCUUUAUAAAUCUUUAUGACUUUUUGGCCUGUUUUCACUUUCUUUCAAUUUUUGAUUUAUGUUAUCCAAACAUUGUCGUACGACAGUCUUCCCUGGGCAUUUUUACAACAUGCAUACUGUUCUACCUCAUCUUUGCAGGGUGACAGUGCCCUGAAGAGUCCAUGAGCCAGGCCAAUUAAUAUUGAAAAGGUUAUUUCCAUGUAUAGAGAUGACAUAACAGUUCUUGAUCUGUGACAUUUCACAGAAGAAAAAUACAGGUGUUAAUUAUAAUUAAUGAUGGUUGAACUUUUUUUAGCUGCUUGUUAGAAGUUCCUGCUAUUUUCAGUACUGACAGCGACACCUGAACACCACAGAACUCUGGUUUGAUGUUUUAAGUCCCAACUUUGUUAUUCCUGCUGUUACAGGUCACAAUGUCUCCCAUAGUAAGGCCUCAAUCAGGGGAACGUUUUAAAUCCAACUACAAUAAUGUGUAGUGUUACUGUUUAAUGUACCAGAACUACAAGAAGGAGGGACAUAAAGCUCUUUAAAACUAAACUUGUACCAUGGAUUACACAGCAAUAUCCAACAAAAGUUGUAAACAUUAGCUUACAUUAGCCACGAUGGCUACAUGUCAUAUAGGGUGCAGCUGUAGCAGCAAAACACCCGAGUGUUCAGGGUUAGACUUAAAGUUGGACUAUGCGACAUAAGUAAAAUAACUUUCUGGCAGUAAAUGAAAACAUUGUUUCCACACUUAUAUCUGAAGUAAAAUAAGAAGCUACAGCCAGCAGCCAAUUAGCUUAGAGUAGCACCAAGACUAUUUAUUUGAUCUGUACACAAACCAAAGUUUGAAAGGGAAAUUUGGCAGAGGCAACAUGGCUCCAGAAAGACUCAAAAUAUAGCCAAGAAAAUCUGUAUAUUAUCCAAGCUGUUAAGAAGUCAGAAUGCUCUAGCUAGAGUACAGCAAAUUGUACACAAAAAUACCUGUUUGCAAGGGUAUAUGGUAAUACAGGAAACGCAAAUGGUAUACACAGCUGUUAGAAGGCUAUCUUUCUCUCAAUAAACAAUAGGAAAACAUUCUAUAAAUUUUAAAUAACAUUACAUUGACUUAUAUCAUACAUCCAGGAAUACAUUUCCGCCACUUCUAAAAAUCAUCAGAUAACACGCUCUGAAAUAGGAGCUUUUACUAAAUGAGAGAAUUUUACUUAAAAGGUUUCAAAUACAUGGCUCCGUCCUCCUCUGAGAUAAAUGAAGUAUAUCUUCUUCUUGAAAAUACCAAUAAGCCCUCUGUAAAAACAGAACAUGUUUUUAUUCUUUGAUUGGCUCUGGUAAGAGCUAGUAAGGCUCGCUGUUCAAAUAGCCUUUAUGCUAAGCUAAGCUAAUCAAACUGGUUGCUGGAUGUAGACUUGUAUGUAACGGUCAAAGUGAGUGUGAUAUCAACUUACCUUACGCCCUUAUACAUGGCAAAAACAAAGAUUUAUCAAAAUGUUGAACUUUUAAACGAAUUUGAGUCAUGAGAAAUGACACUACAUGAGAUACAAAAAAAAAAGAAAUGUGGAGGGAUAGGCAGCAACAAACAUCAAUGUAGACAACCCCUAAUGAGAACAAAGCGGCUCUUCUCCAUGUCAACUGGUGCUACAUGCUGUAUCAUUUGCCUUCAGAAUUCCUUUAUCAAUGACAAUCAUACUGUUACAAUACAAAAGAAUACAAAACAGGCUGAAAUAAAUGCUAACAUGGCAAGACAGAAUUAACGAGUAUAAAUAUGUUGAAUGUGUAUUUGCCAUCUUCUAGGGCUCUAAGUUGCAUGUACCUGUAAUGUAGCACUUGAACAGUAUAUGUCUUAAACUUGGUCCAAUGUUGAACAGUUUAUCCUCACAUCAGACUGCGGUUUGUCUCAACAUCUGUCUCUGUGUUUGUUUUUAUAUUGUGAGCAUGUCUUUUUUUUAUGGUGUGCUCAUUAAAAACCUAAUGUUGGACAAUUCGAGAACACGGCCCUCAUAUCCAAAAUACUGAUUCUGUUAUAGGCUCUUCACAUGUAAGCACCUUGGUGAAGUUGCGCAGUAAAUUCCCACUUUGCCUCUUCACAUGUAAUGUGCAUGUUUCAGGGUUUGUCUCAUCUGCUCUCUGUUCUGAUGCUGUUUACAAAAAUCCAACCGUUUUAUUAUUUUCUGUUUGAGUAAUCUACUCCUUCUUAAUCCUAUUCUCAACAGGACAUGGAAGUUGUACAGUACAGCCUGUAGUUGUGUUGUGUUACUAUCAAGCACAAUCAUACAAUUAAUUGUAAUGUAAUGUAAAUAUUGCCAAAAAUGUUAUUGUGUUAGAAUAGGCUGAUCUGUCCGAUGUUAUUCUUGUACAAGGUAAUAUAUUAGACUAGUUAUGUGUCUAAACUUCUGUACAUAUGAAAAGCAUAUUUAUCAGAUGAUAUUAAAAUGUGAGGCUAUUUCUUACUUGUAUGUACUAUGAAAGCUUAUUAUGUAUAUAUCAGUGAGUCAAAAUGAAAUGCUGGGUAUCUGUUUUCCAGCCGCCCUUGCAUGAGGUCAGGCAUUUUCAAAAGUUCUCUCGCCGCCAUGCUUUCAGGUUUUGGUUAUAUUAUUGCCUUCAUUUUUUAUUUAAAUUUUCAAUAUGAAACGAUGAUAAUUUUAGUCCAGUAUUGUAGGCCUAUAGAUUGAUAUUUGUUUAUAUCUUAAAGCAGUUGUUAUAUUAAAGAUUAAAUGCUACCUUUACAUAACGUUUAUUCA